AUGAGUGAAAGAGGCAACUUUAGACCAAUUUCUAUCCUGGUUAUUCUCUCAAAAAUCCUUGAAAGACAUGUGUUUAAUUCAUAUUUGUUAUAUUUAACUGAGCAUGAAAUUCUAUCCGAUUACCAACAUGGAUUCAGACCUGGCCACUCGUGCGAAACGUCAUUAAACAUGAUUUACGAAUACCUUGUUAACAAUAUUGUUAAUGGAGAAAUUAACGGUGUUUUGAUGCUUGACUUUUCCAAAGCCUUCGAUUUAGUGGAUCAUAAUAUUUUGCUCCAAAAAAUCCACGCGUACGGGGCUACUGACCUAACCCUAAAAUGGUUCGCCUCGUAUCUUGAAGGACGAACUCAACAGGAGCAAAUUAACGAAGUCCUUUCUGAACCUUUAACAAUUAUUACUGGGGCCCCUCAGGGUUCUAUUCUUGGCCCGUUACUAUUCUUAAUAUUUAUCAAUGAUCUUCCAUCUUUUCUUACUACCUCUCAUCCUUCUCUUUUUGCGGAUGACUCAACUCUUUUAGCCCAUGGCUGUGAGCUACCUGAUAUCAAAGCUUCUUUGUCGACUGAUUUGUGUAUUACCUCUAAUUGGGCGAGAAGCAACCAUAUGGCUUUAAAUUUUAGCAAAACCAAAUUCAUGAAAAUUUAUUCAAAGCGUAAGUAUUCACAGCUUGAUUAUGAUAGCAUACUUUAUAAGGAUUUUUGGAUUGAAGAAAUUACUUCUGGCAAACUUUUAGGUAUCUUACUGGAUAACAAUCUCUCCUGGGACAACCAAGUGGAUAAGAUAUAUAAAUACCUUAAUUCCAGGCUUUAUCUGUUUAAGCGUAUUUGCCCAGCCCUUCCACUGAAAUGUAGAAUUAAGUUUUACUAUGCUUUUAUCUACCCCCAUUUACUUUAUGGCAUCACUAUUUGGGGCAAUGCACGCAAUGAGCUUAUCGACCCUUUGCUUAAACUUCAAAAAAGAGCAGCCAGAUUGGCUUUGGACGAGAGUAUGUCAACUCCUUCUGUUAAUCUGUUCCGCAAACUGGAAUGGAUUCCCAUCUACAACUUAAUCAAGAUGCGAAAAAUUUUACUCGUU